UUAACACUUCAGCUGGAUCCCGGGUCAAAUGGAAAGUUGCUCUGGGGCUGUCUGUCCUUUAAGCAGUGAAUGUGCUGAAAAGAUGAAAUGUGAAGAGAAAGACUCUUAGUUAUUUUUGCAGAGCCUGUCUUGGACAGAAGAAAGCACCAAAACUAGGAGCUGUUGGCUAAGGAGGCUGCCGUCCCUGGGAGCCGCUCUCUCCUACCGCAACCUGUUUUCCCUCAGUCUUCCGGGCAAACCAGUGGGCCCUCAUCUACAGAUCAGGAUUCCCGCAGUGAUGGAAUACAUUAUUUUUGGCUGACUUCCUUGCCAUGGGACCCCAUACACCCAGGAAUAUCAUCAAGCAACACUGGAGAUGCUGCGUGUUCAUUGUUGAUGCUGCUUUGUUCACAGAUCUUUGAGAACCACCACCCCAGCCUGUACCCUUAAUAUUCCAUCUGAGGCAAACCACACUGAGCAGCCGCCUGCAGGCCUGGGAGCAAGGCUACAGGAAGCAGGUGUCUCCAUCGCUCCCUGGCAAGGCCUCCCAACAUGGAGAAAAAGAAAAGAAAACCUCAUUUGAUGGCGGAAGAUGAACCUUCAGGGGCCCUCUUGAAGCCGCUGAUUUUUCGCGUUGACGAGACCACCCCGGCUGUGGUGCAAAGCGUCCUCCUGGAGCGGGGGUGGAAUAAGUUUGAUAAGCAGGAGCAGAACACGGAGGACUGGAACCUGUAUUGGAGGACGUCCUCUUUCCGAAUGGCCGAACACAUCAACGUUAAACCGUGGCAGCAGCUAAACUACCACCCUGGAACCACCAAGCUUACCAGGAAAGACUGUUUGGCCAAACACCUGAAGCACAUGAGGAGGAUGUACGGCACUUCCCUGUACCAGUUCAUCCCCCUGACGUUCGUCAUGCCCAACGACUACACCAAGUUUGUGGCUGAAUACUUUCAGGAGAGGCAGAUGCUGGGCACCAAGCGUAGCUAUUGGAUUUGCAAGCCUGCCGACUUAUCUCGUGGGAGGGGGAUACUAAUUUUCAGUGACUUUAAAGACUUCAUCUUUGAUGAUAUGUACAUAGUGCAGAAAUAUAUCUCCAACACUUUACUUAUUGGCAGAUAUAAAUGUGAUCUCCGCAUCUAUGUUUGUGUUACUGGCUUUAAGCCUUUGACCAUUUAUGUUUAUCAGGAAGGGUUGGUUCGCUUUGCCACGGAAAAGUUUGACCUCAGUAACUUGCAAAACAAUUACGCCCAUUUGACCAACAGCAGCAUCAAUAAAUCCGGGGCCUCUUAUGAAAAGAUCAAAGAAGUGAUUGGUCGUGGUUGUAAGUGGACGCUCAGCAGAUUUUUUUCCUACCUUCGUAGCUGGGAUGUGGACGAUCUGCUUUUGUGGAAGAAAAUCCACCACAUGGUUAUUCUCACCAUUCUCGCGAUUGCACCAUCCGUCCCCUUUGCUGCCAAUUGCUUUGAGCUCUUUGGGUUUGAUAUUUUGAUUGAUGACAACCUGAAACCAUGGCUUUUAGAGGUCAACUACAGCCCAGCCUUGACCUUGGAUUGUUCAACAGAUGUGUUGGUGAAGAGAAAACUUGUCCAUGAUAUUAUUGACCUGAUUUACUUAAAUGGUCUAAGAAAUGAGGGGAGAGAAGCCAGUAAUGCCACACAUGGAAAUUCCAACGACGCUGCAAAAAGUGACAGAGGUGGGCUUGAUGCUCAUGACUGUCUUCCUUAUGAUUCUCUUUCGUUCACAAGCAGAAUGUACAACGAGGAUGACUCUGUGGUGGAGAAAGCUGUGAGUGUGCAUCCUGAAGUUGCACCUGCCUCCCAGCUGGAAGGAGAGAUGAGUGGGCAGGAUUUUCGUCUGUCAACAAGGGAGAUGCCACAAAGCAAGCCCAAGUUACAGAGCAGGCACACGCCUCACAAGACACUCAUGCCCUACGCGUCCCUCUUCCAGUCGCACUCCUGCAAGAAGAAGACCUCCCCACGUGUCCUCUCAGACCAUGGCAAAGCUCCAGAUCCCCAAGCAGGCAACUUUGUUCUUGUUUUUCCUUUCAAUGAAGCGACUCUCGGAGCUUCCAGGAAUGGAUUAAAUGUCAAAAGAAUAAUCCAAGAGCUCCAGAAACUAAUGAAUAAGCAACAUUCUUAAGUGGUAAAAAAUCAAAUUAAGAAAAAGUGACACAGAUUUUUACAAACCAAGGAUUCCUCUCCUAGAGAAAGCAAUAGUUCAAGUCCCUACCUGUGCCACCAGCAUGUUAACUACGACAUUGGGACUGAAGAUGUGGCCAUAUGUAUAAAUGUAAGAGCUCUGACAAAGCAUAAUAUGUUCCAGUGGUGAUUAAACUACAUUACAUCCCA